CGGAGCGGGGCGUGGGUGGAGCGGGGCGUGGGUGGGGCUCCGACCUGUGAUUCAGAGAGCUGGGACCUGCGGGAGUCUGCUGGUGCCCCACACUCGGACCCGAGAUGACAGCCAGCAAGCGAGUAGCGAAGGAGUUGGAGGAUCUUUUGGAACAACUUCCACCGUACUUGCGGGACCUGUCUGGCGAUGAUGACAGUGUGCUGGUGUGGAAGGUGCUCCUGCUGCCUAACCAAGCUCCCUAUAACCUCAAAGCUUUCCGUCUGCGGAUCGAUUUCCCCAGGGAGUAUCCAUUAAAGCCUCCCACUUUGAAAUUCAUCACCAAGAUCUACCACCCCAACGUCAGCGAGGAUGGGCUGGUGUGCCUGCCCCUCAUCAGCAUCAAGAACUGGAAGCCUUACACCAAGACCUACCAAGUCUUGGAGGCCCUCAUUGUGCUGGUGGGUAAACCCAAUCUAGAAGAGCCUGUGCAGUUGGAACUUGCUGAACUCCUGACCCAGAACCCAGAGAUGUUCAAGAGAAACGCAGAAGAGUUCACUCUUCGAUUUGGAGAGGACCGACCCUCUUAGCUCUCCUUCUCAGGCCUUUUUGCCUAGAUUUCUGCUUAGUGGGUAGAUAUCAGGACUGGCACCAGAGGCCUUUGGAGGCCUAUCCUCUGCUCACAUUUUCCUUUGUCACUGCUAAUUAUGAAUAAAUGUGCCUAGUGUGUUGCGCGCA